AUGGAAGAAAACGAUCAGCUUCAGGGAAUUGUAGAGGAGCUGCAUGACCGAGAGUUAGCCCUAAAUCAAGAGAGCUGUGCCAAGGAACUUCAGUUGGGGGAGAGCCAGAUGGAACUGGAAGAGCUGAGGCUUUCUUAUCGGCAGCUGCAGGUGAAGAUGGAAGAACUCAGAGAGGAAAAGAGUCUCCAAAAUCUAAACAGCACAAGUACCUCACUGCUGUCAGAGAUUGAGCAAAGUAUAGAGGCCGAGGAACAGGAACAGGAGCGGGAACAGUUAAGGUUGCAGCUCUGGGAAGCACACUGCCAAGUCCGAUCUCUUUGCUGCCAGCUCAGAGGCAAUGAAAGUGCAGAUUCUGCUGUAUCCACAGACUCCUCUAUGGACGAAUCUUCUGAAACCUCAUCUGCCAAAGACGUGCCAGCUGGGAGCCUCCGCACUGCCCUGAGUGAACUGAAGAGCCUUAUACUUAGCAUACUGGACACUUGUGAAGCAACGAGUGCACGAAAAUGUGAGGAUGAUGGCUUGGAAGAGCAGAUCAAACGGACUAGUGAAGACUCCAAACAACUCAGAGAGCUAUUACAGGGAGAGCAAGUGAGAAUGAAGCAAACAUUUGAGGAGCUUCAGCAACUUCAUAAACAGGUAACUCUACUGAGUGUUGAAAUGACUGCACUGAAAGAGGAGCGGGACCACCUCUUGGAACUGACCCAGAAUAAUGAUAUGCACGAACAGCUACUGAAGGCCAUAAAGGACCGAGAUGAGGCUAUUGCCAAAAAGAAUGCUGUGGAAAUGGAACUGGCAAAGUGUAGAAUUGACAUGAUGUCACUAAACACUCAGCUACUAGAUGCCAUUCAACAAAAGGUCAAUUUGUCCCAGCAGUUGGAGGCAUGGCAGGAUGACAUGCACAGAGUCAUUGACCAGCAACUGAUGGACAAACACCAGAAGGAAUGGAGCCAGUCUGUGUAUUCCUUCUCCAGGGGCCGCCACGUUAAGCACUGUGGCAAGGUUAGCACUCUGAAUCGCACAGAGCGGCCAGGAGAAGAGCCCAUUGGUUCUGAAGGGAGAAGCCUCUUUUCGUUUCUAAAGAAAACAAAAGCUUAA